UCCUCACUUUUCUACGCACAACACAACACAACUCUCUCUCUAUCUCUCUCUUCACUUCUUCUUUCUAUUAACUCAACCAAUCAUAAAAUAAAAUCCUCCUCUUCUUCUCUUCCAAUUUUCUGGAGAAUUUUUCUAAUUCCAAUUAAAACUGGAGAUAGAAAAUGAAUUCUGAGCUUAUUCACCGGAGCAACAACACUAAUAAUCCAGCUCAACAUCAAGAAAACCAAUCAGGCCAAGUACAAGAUCAAGUACACUCACCAAGAUCAACGACUACGACUCGCUUCUCCUUUCGAGAUCAACGACUCGUCUUCGUUUUAAUUGGCAUCGCCAUCGCUACCUUGUUCUUCAACACUUUUCCUCUGUUACAACAUCAUCAUCAACACCAACAACAACAACGUUGGUCUGACCCGGUUAUUGAGUCCGGGUCGGACCUCCCGACUCGGAGGGUGCUCUACCAGACGAGUACCGGUGCUACUGCUAAACGAGAUGGGUUUGCGCCAUUGAAAGUGAGCGGGAAAGUUCCUUUGGGAUUGAAACGGAAGAGCCUCAGAAUCGUCGUGACUGGCGGAGCCGGGUUCGUUGGGAGCCACCUCGUGGACCGUCUGAUCGCUAGGGGUGAUAGCGUCAUCGUCGUUGAUAAUUUCUUUACGGGUCGUAAGGAGAAUUUGGUUCAUCAAUUUGGUAACCCAAGGUUUGAGCUCAUUCGACACGACGUCGUUGAGCCUAUAUUGCUCGAAGUCGAUCAGAUCUACCAUUUGGCUUGCCCGGCCUCUCCGGUUCAUUACAAGUUUAAUCCAGUCAAGACCAUCAAGACCAAUGUGGUGGGGACACUGAACAUGCUGGGACUUGCGAAGAGGGUUGGGGCCCGCUUCUUGUUAACCAGCACCAGUGAAGUGUAUGGUGACCCUUUGCAGCACCCUCAGGUCGAGUCCUAUUGGGGCAAUGUUAACCCCAUCGGUGUGAGGAGCUGUUAUGAUGAGGGAAAACGAACAGCAGAGACCUUGAGCAUGGACUAUCAUAGAGGCCUUGGAAUUGAGGUGAGAAUUGCUAGAAUUUUUAACACUUACGGACCACGUAUGUGCAUCGACGAUGGUCGUGUUGUCAGCAAUUUUGUAGCUCAGGCAUUGAGAAAAGAGCCAUUGACAGUUUAUGGUGAUGGGAAGCAAACAAGGAGUUUCCAAUACGUUUCUGACCUGGUGGAAGGUCUGAUGCGGCUGAUGGAGGGUGAACAUGUUGGCCCCUUCAAUCUUGGCAACCCUGGUGAAUUCACCAUGCUCGAGCUCGCUCAGGUUGUGCAAGAAGUAAUAGACCCAAAUGCAAAGAUAGAGUUUAAGCCAAACACAGAGGAUGACCCCCAUAAGAGGAGGCCAGACAUUUCAAAGGCCAAGGAGUUACUUGGGUGGGAGCCUGUUGUGUCCCUCCGCAAAGGACUUCCUCUAAUGGUUUCUGAUUUCAGGCAACGUAUUUUUGGUGACCAAAAGGACACUGAGGCUGCUUCUUCAGCAUAGUUUGGAGUACAUGUUAAGUUAAGAGACAACUAAUUGAAGAAAGAAAUAAAAUGAUAUGAUAAUAAGAAAAAGAAAAAGAAAAUGAAAAAUAUCCCCAUUUUGAUAACCUAUUUUUCUGCUGAUCUUUAUGUUUACCUUCUAUGGGAAUAAAUUUGAUUUUACAACUGCUUGAAAUAAUCCCUUUUGAGUAUACAUUUUUUUUCCUUAAUUUGACAAAGUAUAAUGUAACGGUUUUCAUUCCUUGAGUGUUGACUAAAAUAUAAUGUUAAUAUCCAAUUAUCAAUUUAGAUUGCAAACUAUUAAGACUUUUGGUAU